UUGAACCGGCUUAGUGAAACCCUCACAAAACCCCAAAGGUCGCAGUAGUGACUCUGCCUUUCUGAAUCAUUGAGACCCAUCAUCAGAGCCAUGGAGAAAUUCCAAAAUUGGAUCGGCAAAAUCUCAAACGAUGUCAAAGCUGCCUCUGAGAAAGCUUCAUCCUCUUCUUCUGCUUCUUCUUCCUUUGAAGCUUCUCGUGCUAAUGAAGGUCUCACUGCAGCUUUGUCCGACCAGUCUCGUGUCAUAGUCGCCAGACCCGUUAGAGGGGUGGUGUCACUCUGGACAUGCUCGAAGUUCUGUGCCGUUGCCUUUGUUGCUGGGAUUAUCGUUGGCUAUACUCUGAAGCGGCGCGUGAAACGCUGGGCCAACAAGGUUCUCAAGAAGAUCAGAGAUGAUUGAUUGCACCUAGGUUGAGUUAUGUUAUCCCAUUCAAUUGAUCAUGGGAAAUACAGGAGUGUAGUGAUUAUCUGACAUUAGUUGCGGAAAGAGUGCAUUUUUUUAGGAGUUUUCAGCUUCUGUCGUGACAACUGCAUCUCAGCUUAUCAACAGAUAUUGUCAUCCUUUUGAACUAUUAUGGUAAAGUUUGGAGUUACUUGUGGUUGAA